AUGGGAGUGCUUGAUGUAUUCUACACUGUGGCUGUACUCCUAAUGCUAAUAGUAGUGGCUCAGCAUGAUAACACCCCUAUUUCAUAGAUAUGCAUUACCAUUUUGAUUUGCGCUCCAAGAGUGCUGUCUUAUUUUAUCUACAUGAAGGAUCACAUGAAUCCAUAAAAAGUCACAUGGUAUCUUUACACUAAGUUAGCUACUACUGUAGUCCUAUUUAUGGUGUAUAUAGUUCUUUCGGUUGAGAUAUUUAUGAUUGACCCUGAAGAUGAUGAGUAUAAAAAUGAAGAUAUCUCCCAAAAUACCAAAACCUUGCUAAUAGUAAUGUAUGUGAUACCUUAACUGCUGUUGAUUAUUCUGGAUGUCUAUCUUUGCUUUGUUAUUAGGAGAUAUAGAGAUUGUCUACUUUCAAAUCAACUCCAGUAAUGA